UGUGGUGUGCGUAUGUGUGUGUGUGUGUGUGUGUGUGUGUGUGUGAGUGACUGAUGCUUUGAGAAAUGAUGUGAAAGUCAAGGUGGGAAGUCAAACUGUGACGUGACUUACACAACUUUAGCAGCACAUGUCAUCGAAACACGUCGAAGCUUUACAGAUCUCAUUGCUUUGUUUGUAAUCUUGGUUUAGACGCAUGUGGCAAAAUGUGUUCUUCAUAAAAUAUAAAGCUAACGACAUGGCAAUGCCUGCUGAACUGGCCCAUCACUGAUAUCAACAUCUUCUGUCGACAGAAAAGUAAAUAUGGGGAACUGCGGCUCUUAUGAUCCUGAUGAUGAAUUCUCCUACCAUCCAGACGAAUGGUGUGAUCAAUGUAACUGUCCAAAGCCUCCAGCCAGUCAGAACUUUGAUCCUCUGAUUCCAUAUCCAUCCCAGUACACACCUCCACCAUCAUCACCUCUUCCAGAAAACUUGGUGGUAGCCAUAUACAAAUAUGAGCCAUGCCACAGUGACGACCUUGGGUUUGAAAAAGGGGAGAAGAUGAAAAUCCUAAAUGCCGAUGAUCCUGAAUGGUACAUGGCGGAGUCUCUGUUUACUGGGCAAAAGGGAUACAUACCACAGAAUUUUGUAGCAAAACUGAACAGCAUGGAGACAGAACCGUGGUUCUUUAAAAAUCUCUCCAGGAAUGACGCCAUGAGGCAAUUACUGGCCCCUGGUAACACGCAGGGCUCCUUCCUCAUCAGAGAGAGUGAGACCACACCAGGUAGUUUCUCCCUAUCUGUGAGAGACCUUGACCACACACAGGGCGACGUCAUCAAGCACUACAGAAUCCGCAACCUGGACGCAGGCGGAUUCUACAUCACCACCAAGAUCUCCUUCAGUUCCCUCUCAGAGCUGGUCAAACAUUAUUCACGAGAGGCUGAUGGUCUAUGCACCCGCCUGGUGAAGCCGUGUCAGACCCGAGCCCCUCAGAAGCCCUGGUGGCAGGAUGAGUGGGAAGUACCCCGUGAGUCUCUCAAUCUAGAGCGCAGACUGGGGCAGGGGCAGUUUGGAGAAGUAUGGAUGGGGCUGUAUAACAACAACCGUAGAGUGGCUAUCAAGAGUCUCAAGCCAGGUACCAUGUCCAUCAGUGCUUUCCUGGCUGAAGCAAACCUGAUGAAGACCCUGCAGCACCCUCGACUUGUGCGACUUUUCGCUGUGGUUACACAGGAGCCCAUUUAUAUCAUCACAGAGUACAUGGAGAACGGCAGCCUGGUGGAUUUUUUGAAGACUCCAGAAGGAUCUAAUUUAACCAUCAGUACUCUGAUCGACAUGUCUGCCCAGGUCGCAGAGGGAAUGGCUUACAUUGAGCAGAAGAACUACAUCCAUAGAGAUCUGAGAGCUGCCAACAUUUUAGUGUCUGAUGAGCUCAUUUGCAAGAUUGCUGACUUCGGCCUCGCCCGCCUCAUCGAAAAUAACGAAUACACUGCCAGAGAGGGUGCAAAGUUUCCUAUCAAAUGGACGGCACCUGAGGCCAUAAACUAUGGCACCUUUUCGAUCAAAUCAGAUGUCUGGUCGUUUGGAGUACUGCUGACAGAGAUUGUUACCUAUGGAAGAAUCCCAUAUCCAGGGAUGACAAACCCAGAGGUGAUCGCAAACCUUGAGAGAGGGUACCGCAUGCCUUGCCCCGAUAACUGCCCUGAGGCUCUCUAUAUGGUCAUGAAACACUGCUGGACAGAGAACCCAGACAACCGGCCCACCUUUGAGUACCUGCGCAGUGUUCUAGAGGACUUUUUCACCGCCACAGAAAGACAGUACCAGGAGCAGCCCUGCUGAAAAGAUUCCUCUUACGAACAACAGAAUUGGAAAAAAAUGACAGCCCACGGGGUCACAUUAAAGACUUGUAUUGGAAACUAUUUCAAAAUACAGUUCAAGUGUAGUUAAAAGAAGAAAAAAAACUGAGAUUUUAUGCCUUAUUCUAUUCGAAAAGUCUAGUGAUUAACAGUUUAAACAUUGAUUUUGUCCAGGCUUUGUCCACAGAAUCUAUUAUGUAUAAACCAGGUGCAUGCAUAGUUUUUUAGUAGUUGGGAAAAUCUGUAUAUUUUUAAAUGGCAAACCAAACAGGAAAAACUGCCUACAAUUCAUCAGUUCUGAGUGUGCUCUCAAUGCAUGAGUGAAAGCCCUGCUUUGUGUUCUCCCUUUGAGCUUUUAGUAUUUCUGCUUUCUGUGCAUUCUGCUCUUUUAUUUGCCUUUUUAUUUUUUAUAAAUAUCUGCAUCCUGAACUACUAAACCAGUAAAACAGUCCAAGAGAAAAA